AUGCCGCUCUCGUGCUCCCCGACCUCUUCCCCGGUUGAUUUCCGCGCCGCCGCCGCCGGGAACAUGCCGCGCCACCGUCGGCCGCCCUGUUCCACGCCGCCGCACGCCGCGGGCGAAGCCCACGCGGCUCUGGGCCGCGCCACCGCGCGCGCCGACGCCGCCUGGUCGCGCUGGUGCUUUGUCCGCACCGCAGCGCCGCCGCCUGGACUUGCCCUGGCCGGCACGUCCGCGCCACCACCGCGCCACCCCUGCCAUCGCCGCGAGCCGCCGCCGCCCUACCGUGCACACCCCUGCGCCCCGCCCCGUGCGCGCCCCCGACCCCCGACCGCCCUGCGUCGGCGCCACCGGGCAGCCCUGGCUGCGGCUGGGCAUGACCCGCCGCCGGCGAGCCGCGGGCCGGCGGCCGUUGAGCCGCUGCGCGGCCAGCGCGCGCCGCCCGUGCGGGCGAAGCAGAGGAGGGGGCAGGCUGGGCUCCCUGGCGAGUGGGGCCCGGCUGGCUCUAAGAAUUAUGGAAAAUUCGCAGUGGCUUAA